AUGCAAGUGUCAGGAGUACUCGGCUCGCUGAGCUUCUUGAGUGGCUCAAUCAUCGCUGGUGCUAACGUUACGCCUGAUAUGCUCCACCGAGAUGCCAACGAGGUCAUGGGCAAUCUCCAGAGUGAAGCAAUCCAGGCCUUGUUACAGAGCACGUUCAGGACUGAUCCAACGUGCUCUAUCGAAAAGGCUCAAGUACGCAGAGAUUGGGAGUUCAUGAGCAAAGACGAAAGGAAGAACUAUGUUCAGGCAGUCCGAUGUAUGUUUUCUUCGCGAUCCAAACUCACCGAAUUCGGCUGGCCGACGAAGAAUCGUUAUGAUGAUUUUGUCGGUGUCCACAUCAAUAUGACGACUACCAUCCACAACACUGGCAACUUCUUGGGCUAUCACAGGUACCUCCUACACACAUAUGAAACAGCCCUCCGCGACGAGUGUGGCUAUAAAGGUUACACACCGUACUGGAAUUGGUUCAAAUAUAGGGACGACGUCACAAAGUCGCCAGUCUUUGACGGCAGCGAGACGAGCUUGGGGGGCGACGGGGAGUUCUUCUGGCACAACGGCACCCUCGCAGGUAUCCUAAAAAUCCCACUGCCUAGCGGUAAAGGGGGUGGCUGCAUGAAGAGUGGCCCAUUCAAGGGCCAGGACGUCCACAUGGGGCCGAUGGCAAGCGUAUUUCCAGGGUUCCCGACGGUCAGCGGUAUAUUCAUCGAGAAUACGCAUUGCAUUCGUCGAGAUCUGAACAGCUAUGCAUCCACAAACUACAUGCAAACAUACCAUUUGCUCAAUCUCACGGUGGGAGAGGCUUCGAAGAGCAUCAAACUGUUCCAGGAAGAGCUUCAGGGCGGGCGCUAUCCCGGCCACCUUGGUCUCCAUGCCGCGGGGCACUUCACGCUCGGAGGCGACGGGACGGAUCUGUUCUCUUCUCCGAACGACCCGGCCUUCUGGCUUCAUCAUGCGCAGCUUGAUCGGCUCUGGUGGAUAUGGCAGGCGCUGCAUCCGGCCGAGGCUGGCGAUAUUGACGGGACCAUCACUAUGAACAACAACCCUCCAAGCCGUCUUGCUACGAUUGACGAUGCUCUGGACACCAAGGGCUUGUCUCCACUGGUGGCUUUGAAAGAAGUGUUCAACACGCUUGGAGAAGGGCCCCUUUGUUAUAUAUAUGCGUGA